AGGAGACGCCGCGCACAGUUCUCUUUCUGCCGUGAUGGCUUGUCCACGGAAAUUCGUCGUCGUUGGGAAUUUUGAUGCACUGGUGAGAAGCGACGACGUGGAGAGACUGGCUAACACGCUGAGGACUGGGCCGCUGAAUCCGAACACUGAAGUUGUAAUAGGAUGCCCCACCCGGUCUUAUAACUUCGCCAAGCAACAUCUUCCUCGAGAGGUCGGGAUAGCUACUCAGAUCAGCUACGAGACAGAGUUAGAUCUAAACAGCAAAACCAGCCUCGAGAUGCCCAGUAACUACGGCCACGACUGGGUUCUUCUGAACGACUUCAACGAGUCUAACGACACCCUCGCCGAGAAUGUGAGACUUGCGCUUGAAGUCGACUUGAAAAUAAUUGCUUGCGUGUGCGAGACAGCAGACGAUCGCAAGAAAGGGCGCACACGUGAGGUGUUGUUCCGACAGCUCGAAACAUUCGCGUCCGCCAUCAGCGACUGGUCCCGCGUGGUCAUCGCCUUCGAGGCUCUGUGGGCGACCAACACGGGCGUCUUCGCCACCAACCAGCAGGUGCAGGAGACUCUGGCCCUCGUGCGGGACUGGCUGCGGAACAACAUGGGCGAUGGCGUAGCUGACACAACUCGCAUCAUCUAUUCGGGAUCGGUCUUCCCUAGCAACUGCCACGCCCUGGCCAAGAUGAAGGACUUGGACGGAUUUCUAGUAAGAAGCGACGCCCUCAACUUCGACUUCCUCCAGAUCGUCAACGCGUCGAGAUCGUCCCAUUCAGCUCUGCUCAUGAAACAGCAGCAGCUCAAGGCCACGACGCGUCUUAUCCAAGGACUCAGAGAAGAAUAUUUCCAUUACCAGUCCCUCCAGAGAAAGCGCACUCCAAAGAGAUACAUCUAGUCUAUUUUGUUAAAUAAUAUAUUUAUUUUGUAUGUUUAUUUAUGUUAUACUCUCCCAGCUGCCAAAUGUGAAUGAUUCUUAUGUACAAUA